AUGGGAAAACUACGAGGAGCCUUGGAGAAAGGGGUAUUUCAUUGGCCGAAGGUCACAGAGGCAGGAUCUGCACCUUCCACUGGAAGAAUGUCAAACAGUGUGAUUUCCUCUGGAGCAGUGGCACCAGCCAACUCAGCUGUGGAGCAACCCCAGCCAAGUGACCAGGACACUUUAGUGCAAAGAGCUGAGCACAUUCCAGCAGGGAAACGAACUCCAAUGUGCGCCCACUGUAACCAGGUCAUCAGGGGACCAUUUCUAGUGGCACUGGGGAAAUCUUGGCACCCAGAAGAAUUUAACUGUGCUCACUGCAAAAAUACAAUGGCCUACAUUGGAUUUGUAGAGGAGAAGGGAGACCUAUAUUGUGAGCUGUGCUAUGAGAAAUUCUUUGCUCCUGAAUGUGGUCGAUGCCAAAAGAAGAUCCUUGGAGAAGUCAUCAAUGCUUUGAAACAAACUUGGCAUGUUUCCUGCUUUGUGUGUGUGGCCUGUGGCAAUCCCAUUCGUAAUAAUGUUUUUCACCUAGAGGAUGGUGAACCCUACUGUGAGACCGAUUAUUAUGCCCUCUUUGGUACUAUUUGCCAUGGAUGUGAAUUUCCCAUAGAAGCUGGAGACAUGUUCCUGGAAGCUCUCGGCUCUACCUGGCAUGACACUUGCUUUGUAUGCUCAGUGUGUUGUGAAAGUUUGGAAGGUCAGACCUUUUUCUCCAAGAAGGACAAGCCACUUUGCAAGAAACAUGCUCAUUCUGUGAAUUUUUGAAAGUCAGCAGUUAAGGGGAAGGGAAGAAAUUUGAAGAGAAAGAAAAGAAUUUAAAUUACCAAUUAAUUUUUAGAUUUAAUAUUUAUAUGGAGUUUUGAAAAAUAAUAGUGUCCCUGAAGGAAUAAAUUCCAGCUUUAAAAACCAAGUCUAUGAGGAAAUAUUUGGCUUCGUAAAGUAAAGAGAGAGUUUGGCAUUUAUUA